AUGGGUGAUGUUGAGAAAGGCAAGAAGAUCUUUGUUCAGAAGUGUGCCCAGGGCUGUAGUGUGGGAAAGGGGGGCAAGCAUAAGACUGGGCCCAAUCUCCAUGGUCUUUUUGGGUGGAAGACAGGCCAGGCCGCUGGAUUCUCCUACACAGAUGCCAACAAGAACAAAGGUAUCACCCAGGGAGGGGAUACCCUGAUGGAGUAUUUGGAGAAUCCCAAAAAGUACAUCCCUGGAACAAAAAUGAUCUUUGCUGGAAUUAAGAAGAAGGGAGAAAGGGCAGACGUAAUAGCUUGUCUUUAAAGGCUACCAAUGAGUAAUUCCCAUUGCCUUAUUUAUUACAAAACAAGUGUCUUAUGGCUUUUAAUGUGUACCAUAAUUUAAUUCAUACAUCAAAAUUCA